AUCGACGUGAAAAAGCAAAAUGGCGUCCUCCUUGGUGAAACAGCCGGUGAAGCAAGAAAUGCCACCAAAAGGUGGUUAUCCUCCCAUAGAGUUCGCUAGAAAUAUCCCAAAAAGAGGACCGUCUGGUGUGGCAUUGUUUAUUGGUGGAGCUACCGUGAUGGCUUUCGGAUUUUAUAAGGUUAUCAUGGGAAACAGACAACGCUGUGAACUCCUGAAGGAGCAGAGGUAUGCCAGAAUUGGAGUGCUACCACUUCUGCAAGCAGAACACGACAGAAGCUGUUUGCGUUUACUAAAAGAAAACGAAGAGCUUGAAGCACAAAUCAUGAAGGAUGUUCCUGAUUGGAAAGUUGGAGAGAGCGUGUACCACACAGACAAAUGGGUUACACCUAUGCCUGUUCAAGUUGAAAAGCUCUAACAAUAGCUUGGAAUUAGUGCUUCCAGAUACAAGAGAAACAUUUUGGAUGUACUUGUAGGAGUUCUUUUCUGUGUUCUGUGAGAAAUAAUGAGAAAAGUCUUUGACAUGUGUUUUUUGAUGAUGUUUACUCAAAUUGUGAGCAAGUCUGUUGAGUAACUGUGUUAAGUUGGUGUGUUAGUUGAAAAAUAUUGCAUGGUUUAUAUUUGUCCAGGUAUGAGCUUAAGCACUGCUGUUUACUUCUGUUAAUAUUUCAACUACUGUAAUCGAAAGAAAAUGUUAUUGACUUCUGUUUGCGACAGCCAAAGUGCAAGUGUAAAUGGGCACUCAAAAUCCUAGGGUAUGAAAGUUUGCUUUGAUCAAAAUUAAAUAUAUUUGUAAAUAA